CGUCUAACAACGUAGGUCAAAGCACUAAAUCCGUAAACAGAGCUAAAUACUUCGACAGUGGCAAGGUGUCUAACGCGGCUGGUACUACACCUACAGAUCGCUGACAUGAUUUCCAGGGCGGUGAAGAUGUAUUUGCUUCGUCGAAUAGUACAUAUCCACCAAAGCGAUCCCUCUCUGUCGGUUCCGCUCAAAACAUCGUCUCUGGAACCCUACGCAAACGAUAUAGUAGAUCGGACCCCGAGUUGCAUGAGCCAAAAAUCGAAGACCCGUGUACAGCGUCCAACCCUGUGCGUUUUAUUGUUUCUUUUUAGGUUCUUUAUCAUUUUGACGCAGAGACGCUAUCACGCGACAAAGAACAAGCUCUUUGACCUGAACAACUCCUCUACCCCAAGGUCUAGUACAACAACCCUGAGCAACCUAUCAUUACAACAACUGCCCGAGCCUGCCACUGCUACGACAUCCGGGAUGCCCGCGGUCGCUGGUACUGCGGUAGCGGAUGGAAUGAACUCGCAUCCCAACACCACUAGGCAGGUUGGAUGGUGGACUAGUUUCGUAUUCCGGGUUUGUUGCGUGCCCAUUCAUUGUCGACAAUACAUAGAUGGUCACCAUUAGGGAAGUAAGUUUUCGUCUUCCGUGCUUAAUCAACAUUUUUCUUGUCUCGUCUACUUUCACUGCUGUCGUCGUGUAUAUAGUAUCUCUGAUUGGUUCCCGGUAUGUAGUGAUC